ACCAGUUUACUCUUUGGGGGUUGACUGAUAAUUGAGCACGUACGUUAAGGAAAUGGAUUCUCUCCAUUUUCUGCAAUUUCUCCACUUCACCUGCCUGAAAUAAUUAGUCAAGGAUAACUCAACCACAAUUUUUUUUUAAUAAAAAAAAGGCCUUCUUAAACAUAUGUGAGAUUUAUGUUUAUUUGAGCCUAGCAUUAAUUCUUUUUUCAUUAAUUGGAUGACGAUAAAGUUUGUACUCGCGACCUUUACAUUAACAUGAUUUUGAUACCAGCUACCCUCUCUGCAUCCCCAAACCCCCUCCCCUCCCCCCUCCUCCGGGCCCUCUAUCAGUUACCAUUAAAUCUAUCCCUUUCCGCCCUAAACACGAUCAAUUUGAUCUGUUAAUCUUGUCUCACCCACAACCAAACGCCGCCGCCGCCGCCGCCGUCUGACAUAUGGGACAGCAGCAUUCCCCGAAGUCGGCCACCACGUCCCAUUCGUACAAACUCUUUGGCAUCAUCGCAAAAGUCACAUCCCUUGCCGAAAUCUACAAGGCGUUUGCAAGGAGAUUGCACCCCGUGGAGAGAAGCAGGUCCUAUUUCCGCCGCCCGGAAUCCAACUUCUUCUCCGCCAAUGACGCCUAUGGGGCUUCUCGUGCUCGAAGGAGGGAAGGGGAUUCCACACCGGAUUCGGACAAGAAAACACGGGAAAGGAGGAUGAAGCAAGAUGUGGAAGAAGAAGAAGAAGAAUUUGUGAUUUCAAGUCCCAAGUUGUUGUCUAGGACCACAAGCCGGAUCGCCCCAAAAUUGUCUAAAAGCUCCAGCGGAUGGAGUAGGGGCGGCACGCCUAUACCUGCAGAUUUGUAUGCACAUGUGCAAAGGUCAGCCUCAGUUUCCAGCACCACAACACCACCAUCUUUACUUUCCAAAACAAUGAGCCAAGCUAGGAGAAAGCCACCGCGUUUGGAGAAGAAGCUGAAAUGCACGCUUGAGGAGUUGUGCUAUGGAUGUACCAAAGAGGUCAAGAUUACAAGAGAGAUCAAUUCAAACUCCGGGCUAAUUCUUCAAGAAGAGGAGUACGUGACAAUCAAGGUGAAGCCGGGAUGGAGAAGAGGAACGAAGAUUACAUUUGAAAGAAAGGGAGAUGAGAGGAUGGGGACCCACCCAGAAGAUAUCAUCUUUGUGAUUGAGGAGAAGAAACACCCGGUGUUCAAGAGGGAAGGAGAUGAUUUGGAGAUAGGAGUUCAAAUCUCCUUAGCCCAAGCCCUCAUGGGAUGCACUAUUGAGGUACCCACAUUAGGAGGAGAGGAGAAGAUGGUUGUCAACUUGGACAACGAGAUCAUUUAUCCGGGGUUUGAGAAAACCAUCCCUGGACAAGGAAUGCCUAAAUACAAGGAGGGUCAAGCAGGCCGUCAACGAGGAGACCUUAGGCUCAAAUUUCUCAUUGCUUUUCCCACAGAUUUGAGUGAAGAGCAACGAUCACAAGUUGCCAGUAUACUGAAAGAAUGUUUUUAAGUUGGUGUUCAAAGUUUUGUUGCCGUAUUAUUGGUCUGUUUGGAUUUGUCUCCCUCCUAAUAAUACUAGGUGCAGGCU